AUUUGGAAAGAUCUACAUCAAUAUUUUAACUAUAUAUUUUACAAAAGUGUUACUUCCCCUUUUUUAAAAUUAUUAAUAUGACAACCCAAUUUCUUCCAAAAUUAAGCCAAAACUAUAUUGAAUUAUUAGAAGAUGAUGUAUAUUAUGAUACCACAAUUGAAGUUGGAGAAGAUCCCAAUGUAAAAAUCUUUCGUGCACAUAGGAACAUUUUGUGUUGCCGUUCUACAUAUUUACGACGAACUUUGGUACCUAACAAAAAGAAUAAUGAUGUUUUGGCUCAUAUUAAAUUAUCAAAUAUACUGCCAGAAAUCUUUCAAAUUAUUUUAAAGUAUAUUUAUGGCGGCAUUCUUUUGUUAAACGAGCAAGAUACUUCAAAUAUUGUUAAAGUAAUGGUAGCAGCAGAUGAAUUACUUCUUCAAGAAAUAGUUGAUUAUUUACAAAAUUAUUUGAUUAAAAAUAAAUCUGAUUGGAUAGAACAACAUUUUGAAUUUAUUCAUCGAACAAGUUUUCAGUCAAAUUAUUUAUUAGGACUCCAACAAUUUUGUACAGAUUUAAUGGCCAAAUCUCCAGAGAAAAUAUUUAAGUCACUUGAUUUUACUUCACUUCCCGAAAAAUCUUUAGUUCAACUUAUUAAAAAAGAUUAUUUACAAAUGAGAGAAGUCAAAGUUUGGGAACAUCUAUUAAAAUGGGGUCUUUCGCAAAAUCCAACUCUUAUUUCAGACCCUAAUAAUUGGUCAGAUGAUGAUUUUAAAACAAUGGAAAAUACUUUGCAACAUUAUUUACCUUUAAUUAGAUUUUUUAGUUUAUCAUCUAAAGAAUUCUUACAAAAAGUUCGUCCUUAUAAGAAACUACUAAAAAAACAACUCUAUGAAGAUUUAUUAAAUUCUCAUUUAAAUCCUGACAGUGAACCAUCUGAUAACAUUUCACUUCCUAGAACUGUUAAAGACGAUGAGAUUAUUGAUUCAAAAAUUGUUAAUUUAAAUAUUAUCUCAGUUAUUUCAAGAUGGAUUGAUAAGGCAGAUAAUAAUAAGUUUGCUCACUUAAGGGAAUUAUAUUUACCGUAUAAAUUUCCAUUAUUAUUAAGAGGAAGCCGAGAUGGGUUUACCCCUAAAAUGUUUCAUAAAUUAUGCGAUGGUAGACCCGCUACUAUUGCGUUUAUUAAAGUAAAAGAAACAGAAGAGAUCCUUGGUGGUUAUAAUCCUACAACAUGGUUUACUACUUCUGAUAUUAUUUAUACUAAGAUGAGAGAUUGUUUUAUAUUUUCUUUUAAAAACCGGGAUAAUUUUAAAGAUGUAGGUAUUAGUUAUGUGCAAAAUACAGCAAGUGCAUUACAACAUAACAAAAGAUUUGGUCCAAUUUUUGGUAAUGAUCUUGUAAUUUGUAAUUCUAAAGAUGAAUCUAAAGAUUAUGAUGUGAUUUCCUGUCAAAAAAUUCAUUAUGAAAAAAAGAUAAGAGAUUGUGAUGAUACAAGAUUUUCCAUAGAAGAUUAUGAAAUAUUUCAAAUCAUAAAAAGGUAAUAACUAUAUUUAGCUGAGACAAAAAUAUUUCUUUUUCAUUUUUGUAAUAUUUUAAAUAUUUUUGCAACAGCAAUAUUAGUAGUUGAUUCAAUCAUAUUAAUAAAUCAUUCUGUGAUGAAUGUAAUGAAAUAAUUCAUAAAGAUUUAUUUAACAAAA